AUGAUGUACGGAUCGGAGACUUGGGCAGCACCAUCAACGGUUAUGGAGAGGCUUGACUGCACGGAACGAAAGCUGCAUAGACGGUUACUUGGCUACUUUUGGCCUAGGGUAUGCUACAAUGAAGAUCUCUACGCAGAAAUUGAUGUGGUAUACUGGCGGAUGACACGUGGAAGACAUCACCAUCUUGCACCGCCAUCGAAAUUGGCUAAAGUAAAUCGUCUGCGCUUCUUUGGUCAUAUAUUAAGGGACCGGCAGAUCGCCUUGUUCAACUAG